AUGUAUAACAGAAUAAAAAUAUAUAAAUGCUCGGAGUGUGGGAAAAGCUUCAGUCACAGUUCCAGUCUUACUUACCAUCGAAGAAUUCACACAGGGGAGAAACCAUUCAAAUGCCUGGAGUGUGGGAAAAGCUUCAGUCACAGUUCUAGUCUGACUUCCCAUAGAAGAAUUCACACAGGGGAGAAACCAUACAAAUGCCUGGAAUGUGGGAAAAGCUUCAGUCACAGUUCCAGUCUGACUUCCCAUAAAAGAAUUCACACAGGGGAGAAACCAUACAAAUGCCUGGAGUGUGGAAAAAGCUUCAGUUCAAGUUCAUACCUUAGUUCUCAUCAGAAGAUUCACACCGAGGAGAAUCCAUACAAAUGCCUAGAGUGUGGAAAAACCUUCAGUCAGAAUUCCAGCCUUGCUUUCCAUCAAAGAAUUCACACAGGGGAGAAACCAUAUAAAUGCCUGGAGUGUGGGAAAAGGUUCUGUCAAAGUUCCAGUCUGACUUCCCAUCAAAGAAUUCACACAGGGGAGAAACCAUAUAAAUGUCUGGAGUGUGGGAAAAGCUUCAGUCAUAGAGGCCACCUUACUGUCCAUCAAAAAAUUCACAGAGAUGAGAAGCCAUAUAAAUGCCUGGAGUGUGGAAAAAGCUACAGACAGAGUUACAGUCUUACUUCCCAUCAAAGAAUACACACAGGGGAGAAACCAUAUAAAUGUCUGGAGUGUGGAAAGGGCUUCACUGACAGUUCUAGUCUUACUUCCCAUCGAAGAAGUCACACAGGGGAGAAACCAUACAGAUGCCUGGAGUGUGGGAAAAGUUUCAGCCAUGGUUCCGGUCUGACUUCCCAUCAAAGAAUUCACACAGGGGAGAAACCAUACAAAUGCAUGGACUGUGGGAAAAGCUUUGGUCACACUAACUCUUUUACUUGCCAUCGAAGAAUUCACACAGGGGAGAAACCAUAUAAAUGCCUGGAGUGUGGGAAAAGCUUCAGUCAGAGACCACACCUUCGUGUCCAUCAGAAUAUUCAUACAGGGGAGAAACCAUAUAAAUGUCUGGAAUGUGGAAAAAGCUUCAAGUCAAGUAGACACCUUUCUGUCCAUCAAAAAUUCAGAGGUUAGAGGCAAUAUAAAUGCCUGGGGUGUGGAAGAAAUUUCCAUAAGAAAAAAAGAUUUACUUCCCAUCAAAGAACUUACACAAGGGAGAAACCAUAUAAAUGUAUGGAGUGUGGGCAAGGUUUCAGUCAGAGUGGCAGUUGUACUUUCCAUUGAAGAAUUCAGGCAAGGGAGGAAAAAAGAUUUAAUUCUGUGGUUAA